UUUAGAUAUAUUGUUUCAAUUAUGCUAGUAGUCGGUUAACUUGUUCUCUUUAAUUAAAACAAUUCGUGAUACUGUUAUUAUGUUAGGCUUAUUAAAAUAUAAACUAUGUAACUAAAAUAUGACUUUUUUUAUGUAAUAUUUACUUGUACAUAAAGUAUUCAAAAAUCGAUAAGAGAGCCGUAGGAUACUGUUAAGAGCGCACGCGUGAACCGAUACUGAUACAUGUCAGCUGUCCACUGUUGAAUACAACCGCAAAUUGAGAAUUAAAAUAUUCUCUAUUCUAUUACGAAGUCUUCCAAUGAAGAAAUAUAAUUUUAAUCAAACUUAAUGGCUUGUGAUAACCGGACAAAAGUGUACUUGGGAUACGAAGACGAAUAUGUCACUGAUAAACAUCGUCCAAAUAUUAAUUUUAUGACAAAUAAGAUCGGUGGAUUUCCAAACUGCUAUGAAAAAAGUAUACUGUCAUUACCACAAUGUAGACUGUGCAGACUGUAUCAGCUCCUGGCUCUUCAGUUAUAUGUUCCGUUAGAUAACUCUAAAUAUCAUCGAACACUUUAUAUUUUCACAUGUAUAAAUCCAAAUUGUUGGAAUCAAAAUGAGAGUUGGACUUGUUUGAGAGUUCAAGUACCAGAGGAUGAAUGGAAACCAAAUGUUUUAGAUAGUAGUAGCAUAGUAAUACCAUCUACAACAUCAUGGUUAUCAGAUGCAGAUGAUUGGGGUGAUAACUUAAAUGACAAUUCUGAACAAAAUGGAAAUAAUCUAUUGCCAAAUAACUUAACAGAUUUUCAUUUUUCCUUGCGAAAAGAAAUAGAUGAAAAUAUAAGAGAAGAAUUUUCUGCAUUACAUGUUGAUGAUCCUAAUGCAAAUAGUCCAGCAAGUAUAGAAUCUCCAGUUGGAGUAGGUGCUGUAGGUAGAUUAGAUUCUCCUCAAGCAUCUGCUGAAAUUGAUGGAGAAGAAAGCGAAGUUGUUUGUAUUGAUACUCCAAUUCAACCUCAAUGUGAUCUAAUUAGUUUAUUACAAGAAGUAACUCCAUUUCCUAUUCAAGUAGAAUCAAACACAGAUACAAAAUUAUCGUUUGUUGAAAUAUUUCUUUCCGUCGAAGAAGAAGAAGAUUGCAGUCUAGAUGUGCCACAACAUGUACGUGAUUUACUAUUAGAAUACCAAUACAGAAAUCCAGAUUUAUCGUCAAAAGCUGGAGCAGACAUAGAUGAAGGUAAAACUAUAGAAACAGACUCAGAAAAAUAUGAAAAAGGCACUCCAAUGCAUGGAGAUGAAAUGUUUCAUAAUUUCAUAUCUCAAAUACAAAAGAAUCCUGGUCAACUUUUACGAUAUUCCCGAGAUAACUCUGCGCCGUUAUUAUUAUAUCCUAUCAGUGGAUACGUUGGGAAAUGCCGACAUUGCGGAGGUGAAAUGACAUUUGAAGUUCAAAUUUUACCUACAUUGAUUUCUAAAUUAACACUUCAACCACGAGUUGAAAAAAAUUUUCAAAUUGAAUUUGGAACUGUUUUAAUAUAUACUUGUGUAAGAAGUUGUUGGUCUCCGAAAGAUUUAUACAGGGAAGAACAUGUUAUUGUUCAAGCAGAAAAAUUAUAGUGAUACUAUAAUUAAAAUAAAUUUAUUAGAAUUUUGAACUUCCAAUUUUAGAACUAUAGUUGCAUUUUUUCGUAGAAAAAUACCGUCCACCUUUUUGCGUAUACAUUAGAAUUCGUAGUAAUGGCGUAUAAAAAUAAAAUUCUAAUUCCUAUAAUAUAAGAUUGAUUGAAAAUACCUCUCUAAAAUGUUGUGUUAGGGUAGUCAUGAAAAAGAGACAUUAUUUUGCUUUUAAAUUUAAUGUAAUGUAAGGACAAUUAUUAUACACUGCUACUUAGAUAUAAAUACAUAAUCGUUAAUCAAAA